UUGACAGUUGUGAGGUUCAGCCAGCGUGGAGUAGUUCAGCCUGCAGCUAAAACCGUGUACUUUGAACUAUAAGUCUCGAGAAACCAGUCCUGUCAGGGACAGUCACUAGGCUUUAUUCAAGACAUUAGACUGCAGCUUCUCGUGGCCUAGUUUGAGAGCGAUUUACUUCAUACCCGGAGAGCGCGCGUUGUGAAGGAGCUGUCCUGUUUAUUCGUCCGGCCACUGCGGCUUCCUCCGGUACUGUGAGCAAAGCUGGAUUCCCGCAGCUCCUCACCAUGUCUGGCGGGUUUUAGAUACUCCAUGGAGCAGCCGAACCUCUACGAGGUCACCCCACGACCCCCGAUGACCAGCCUAGCCCACAUUCAGAGUCAGCAAAGCGCCUACUGCUACAAAGACCCGUCCGCCGCUGGAUCCGGCGUCGGAGCAGGAGAAGACCUCGGCGAGAUCUGUGAGAACGAAAACUCCAUCGACAUCAGCGCCUACAUCGACCCUGCAGCCUUCAACGACGAGUUCCUGGCCGAUCUAUUCCACAACAGCUCGAAGCAAGAGAAGCACAAGCUGGCGAACAGUGAGUACGAAUCGUACCCCCAUGGGGUGAGCUCUGGCCCGGGAGCGCACCACCAACAGCUGCAGCAGCAGCAGCAGGGGUAUGGUUGUAUGCCCGCGUAUAUGGACACAUCUAAACUUGAACCCAUUUACGACAACCAGUCCGCGAGAAUCAGACCUGUGGCGAUAAAGCAAGAGCCCAGAGAAGAAGAUGAAAUGAGCCAUUCUAUGCACCCCACCUACCACCAUUCCCAACAGCAUCUCCCACAGCACCUAUCCCAUCUCCAGUACCAGAUUGCGCACUGCGCGCAGACGACCAUGCAUCUCCAACCCGGACACCCGACGCCUCCACCGACUCCCGUCCCGAGCCCACACCACAGGGACGGCAGCAUGUCCUCCGUUGGAUCCAUGAAGAUGAUGGGACGCGACGACCGCGACCGGGACCGGGGUAAAUCCAAAAAGCGCGUCGACAAGGCCAGCACGGAGUACCGGUUGAGGCGGGAGAGGAACAACGUCGCGGUGAGGAAGAGUAGAGACAAGGCGAAAAUGCGCAACGUGGAGACGCAGCAGAAAGUGAUCGAGCUGGCGUCGGACAACGACAGACUGCGGAAGAGAGUGGAACAUCUUACCCGAGAACUGGACACAUUAAGGGGCAUCUUCAGACAACUUCCCGAUGGAUCUUUCAAACCCAUGGCCAACUGCCAGUGAACACGGACUAUAGUAGCUUUUACAUUGGACUUUUAAACACUUACUUGUGCAUGUCUGCUGGAUAAAUAGCAUACACGCUAUAAAUUCAUCUGACAGAUUCUGACCGCAACAGUUUGUUUCUUAAGGAGAGACAGGGCAGCUGAGGUAUACAUGCCUUCUGUACAAAACAAUAAGCUCAUUUCUCCACGUUUGAACAGUGGACCUGUGGUUUUUUUGGUGCCUUUAUUAUAUAACAUUGUGUGUUUAGCCACGCAAAAAACAACUUAUCAGUGCAGCUAAAGGUAUAGGGCAUGAUUUUCACCAUAAUCACUAGCCUGCUCGUUGUUCAUGUUUUAACGUUACCAUCUCAAUAUCUUGUUCCUGUCUUUACUAAACUAAACAUUUGCGCAUGUACUUAUAGAGCUACAGUAUAUUUUUUAAACUGCAAAGUGCACACAGCUUUCCAAAUAAGUGUUGGUUUUUUUUGCAAUGCAAAAAAAAAUCUGAGCAGUGAUCAGAAUAUCUUUCCAUUUUUAUUGUUGUUCAGACUGAAAGCCCAUAUAAGGUACAGAGCUACAACGUAUAGCCUGCUGCUGUCUGCUGUGGCAGCAUUCACACAUUGGGGGGACAUCUAUGGACUGAAUUAAACACCACAGCAAACGACUGGAAUCUUGUUAUGCUGUGUGGUACCCAGUUCUUCACGAGAGCAGUUCGUUGUGUGCACUAUAAAGGUCUUCAAAAUACAACCAUAUGAAGCACAUUGUAUUUCUUCCAUAGGUUUUGGGUACUAAUCUAAACACGCCUCUCGGUGUAAAUAAAACGCUUUAUAAACUAAA